AGCCUUUGAACCAUGUGGACUUUCUUGGGCAUUGCCACUUUCACGUAUUUUUACAAGAAAUGCGGAGACUUCGUCUCUUUUGCCAACAAGGAGCUCUUGCUGUGCGUGCUGGUGUUCCUGUCCCUGGGCCUGGUGCUGUCCUACCGCUGUCGCUACCGGAGCGGGGCCCUGCUCGGGCGCCAGCAGAGCGGCUCCCAGUUCGCGGUCUUCUCGGAUAUUCUGUCGGCCCUGCCUUUCAUUGGCUUCUUCUGGGCCAAGUCGCCCCCGGGAUCAGAAAAUAAAGAACAGCUUGGGUCUAGGAGGCCCAAAAAAGGAACCAGUAUUUCAGAAACCACCUUAAUAGGAGCAGCUGCCUCUUCAUCAAUAUCUUCUCAGAAUGAUCCAGAAGUUAUCAUUGUGGGAUCCGGUGUGGUUGGCUCUGCUUUGGCAGCCAUGCUUUCCAGAGAUGGAAGAAAGGUGACAGUAAUCGAGAGAGAUUUAAAAGAGCCUGACAGGAUAGUUGGAGAAUUUCUGCAGCCAGGUGGUUAUCGUGUCCUUAAAGACCUUGGUCUUGAAGAUGCAGUGGAAGGUAUUGAUGCUCAGGUCGUACAUGGCUACGUAAUUCAUGAUCAGGAAAGCAAAUCAGAGGUUCACAUUCCUUACCCUCUGUCAGAAAACAGUCAGGUGCAGAGUGGAAGAGCUUUCCAUCAUGGAAGAUUCAUAAUGGGUCUCCGGAAAGCAGCGAUGGCAGAGCCCAAUACAAAGUUCAUCGAAGGCAUCGUGCUACAGUUAUUAGAAGAAGAUGAUGCUGUAAUGGGCGUUCAGUACAGGGAUAAAGAAACCGGGGACAUCAAGGAACUCCAUGCUCCAUUGACUGUUGUUGCCGAUGGACUUUUUUCCAAGUUUAGGAAAAACCUGAUCUCCAAUAAAGUUUCUGUUUCAUCUCAUUUUGUUGGCUUUAUUAUGAAGCAUGCACCACAGUUUAAAGCAAAUCAUGCUGAACUUAUUUUGGCUAAUCCGAGUCCAGUUCUCAUCUAUCAGAUUUCAUCUGAUGAAACUCGAGUACUUGUUGACAUUCGGGGGGAAAUGCCCAGGAAUUUAAGAGAAUACAUGGCUGAAAAAAUUCACCCACAAUUACCCGAUCACCUCAAAGAACCGUUCCUAGAAGCCAUUCAGAAUUCUCGUUUGAGAUCUAUGCCAGCAAGCUUUCUUCCUUCUUCCCCAGUAAACAAACGAGGCGUUCUUCUUCUGGGAGAUGCGUAUAAUAUGCGGCAUCCUCUUACUGGAGGAGGAAUGACUGUUGUUUUUAAAGACAUAAAGAUAUGGAGAAAAUUGCUAAAAGGUAUCCCUGACCUUUAUGAUGAUGCAGCUGUUUUCCAGGCCAAAAAAUCAUUCUACUGGGCAAGAAAAACAUCUCAUUCCUUUGUUGUGAAUAUCCUUGCUCAGGCUCUUUAUGAAUUAUUUUCUGCCACGGAUGAUUCCGUACAUCAACUAAGAAAAGCCUGUUUUCUUUAUUUCAAACUUGGUGGAGAAUGUAUUGCUGGUCCUGUUGGGCUGCUUUCUGUACUGUCUCCUAACCCUCUAGUUUUAAUUGGACAUUUCUUUGCUGUCGCGAUCUACGCCACGUAUUUUUGCUUUAAGUCGGAGCCUUGGAUUACAAAACCCCGAGCCAUUUUCAGUAGUGGUGCUGUCCUGUACAAAGCAUGCUCUGUAAUAUUUCCUCUGAUUUACUCGGAAAUUAAGUACUUGGUUCAUUAAGCUAAAAAGGGAACCGUUUGUGAACGAAUAUUUGGAACUCACCAAGUCCUAAGAGACCCUUGGAAGAGGAUGUACAUAGCAGAGAAGGAAACCACUUCUAAAGUGGAGACUCUUGGACCAAGAUUGGGGUUAAUUUGUUUUUGAGGUUAUUUGUAUAUAAACAUGUAAAUAUAUACUUUGCAAUUUAAAACGAAGGGUAAAAUAGACAUUUGAGAGAAAUGAUCGUGAUCAUAAAUUAGUGCUAACACUGAGGCUCUGCAGUUUUUCUUUUGACUUUGGGGAUUUGGGCAGAGUCCAAAUUUUUGCAUUUGCGGGACAUGCAAAUAAAGUGGAGAAUGAGCUCGAA